UUGAUAAGACACUUGUGCCACAAUAGGGGAUCUUUAUUCUGAAUAAAGAUACCCAAAUGUGGCACAAGUGUCUCAUUUAUGAUCAUUUUGUGGAAGUAUAAAGUGAGAGAAGAGUCAGGUUAAUAGUUUAGUUGAUCAUGACGGUUGAUGUUGGUCAGUCAGGCUUCACUACUCCUAUUCAUGAUGCCACUUCCAGUGUGUCUUCGGAGGUUCUUCAGCAUAAUAAAAGACAGACGUGGUUCAGUAUAUCAUAAUUCCUGUAUUUGCAAAAAUAAUUUAUCUUAUUACAAUGUUCAAGAUAAAACAUUAAAUAACAUUUUAAAAAAUUGUAUAAAUUUUUACAGGGAUGUGCCAUCCCAUUUUGAAAUGACACACUUUCACAAACCUUCCACUUCUCAAAACAUAUCACAAAGGCACCUAAUGAAGAAUUCACACAGAUUACCUCAAAGUUAUACAAGAUUUAGUCCAGCAAGGGGAAUGAGUAUGAAGCACUUUCCCUGUGCACUUUACCAGAGACUGACACAGACUGGCCUGAGUCACAGAGCUUACACAACUGGAUCAUUCACUGUGAAGGACACAUUAAUUGACUGGAGAGGGAAGCUGGAGGCUGCUCAGGUGCCAGAAGCAGAUCUGGCUGUUGAGCACAUAAUGUCUCACAUUCUUGGAGUACCACAAAAGGAGCUGGAAAAACUCACUUCAAUAGUACUGUCUAAGGAAAUACUGACGGAAGUGGAUCGGUUAAUGACAUGUAGACUUGCAAGAAUGCCAUUACAGUAUAUACUUGGUGAAUGGGACUUCCAUUCAGUAACUCUAAAGAUGCGGCCGCCCGUAUUUAUUCCUCGUCCUGAAACAGAACAAUUGGUUGAAUUGGCCUUGGAAUGCUUGCAGGGAAUACACACGCCUCGAGUGUUAGAAAUUGGCUGUGGCUCAGGAGCUAUUAGUCUAUCUCUUCUUCACUCUAUUAAUAAUCUUCAGUGUGUAGCAUUGGAUCAGAGCAAACAUGCUAUUGAGCUAACCAAGCUAAAUGCAUCCAAUAUUGGGGUUAAUGAUCGAUUAUUAUUAGUGGAAGGAAAAGUAACAAGCGAGAUGAUGCCGUGUUUGCCUCUAGUACACUUCCAUCUUAUCGUAUCUAAUCCACCAUAUGUUCUAAGAAAAGACCUGUUAAAUGUGCAACCAGAAAUUAAGAUCUAUGAGGAUAUGCGGGCCCUAGAUGGAGGGAAAGAUGGUCUGGAUAUGAUUAAGGCAAUUCUAAUACACAGUCAUCGUCUUCUUUUGGAUAAACAUUCAGUGAUUCUUGAGGUGGAUCCCUGUCAUCGCUAUCUUAUUCCUGUGUGGUUGGAAAAACAACCCAGUUUAAAGGUAAAAUUUACAGAAGUUUUUAAAGAUUUUAAUGGAAAAGAUAGGUUUAUAAAAUUUGUAAAGUCUUAAUAAACUGUUAUAAAAAAAAUUUAUAUUUAUCAGCUUCAUGCUGAGGUCCUCUUCGGGAAACUUGAAAAAAAAUAAAAAUGAGAUAAAGCUUGUGUACAUUCAGCACGGCCUAAAUUGGUGGAAGGAAAAGGUAACGUUAAAGCAUUCCUAGUGAUAUCAUCUAGGUUCCACUGGCUUCUGGCUGCAAACCUUCUGAAUAGUUUGAUAAAGUUUCAGCAGAGGCUUUGUGAAAUGUUGAAAUCAAGUAGUGGUUACAAUCCAAGCCAUCUCGAGGAUUUUGUGUUUGUACAUACAAUUUGGGCUACAGUAUAUAUAAUAGAAACAUCAUUCCUUCAUUUGAGGUGCCUUGAUGCUGGUAAAUCUUUCUUAAUUCAAGGAAUUGGAGCUGCAUCUUUCCUCAUUUUCUGAUAUCCCUGUUCCUUAUUGGGGUUUACAAUUUCUAACCUUGUCUUUUCAUUCUUGUGAUAUUGGUCUCUGCUGCAAAGUAUUUUGUAUGUUAUUUCUCCAAAAUCGAGAAACUUUUUUCUUUUGUAGCUCAAUCCCCUCAACUCUGGUACCAGUCUUCAUACAGUCUUUUGACCUUUUUCAAGUUCAAAAUUUGUUUUUAUGUCAGAACAGAACUAAAGGAAUGAAAGUGCAUCUGUAAGGAAACUAAUGUUUUGGUCACUGUGAUCUGAAAACCAGUAUCAACAUAUCCCAUAGAGAGUUCAGCAUAAGUUUCUAAUGUAAUUAAAUAUCAGCAUUCAUGAUUCAGGGAAACCGGUUAUUUUUAUAUAGCCGGACUUGAGUUCUGGAAAUGGGAAGUACAAUGCCUGCACUUUAAAGGAGGGGUUUAGGAUAUUGGCAGUUUGGAGGGAUGUGUUGUGUAUCUUUAUACGUAUAUGCUUCUAAACUGUUGUAUUCUGAGGACCUCUGCAAAAUAACAGUGAUUGUGUGAGUAAGGUGAAAGUGUUGAAUGAUGAAAGUAUUUUCUUUUUGGGGAUUUUCUUCUUUUUGGGUCACCCUGCCUCGGUGGGAGACGGCCGACUUGUUAAAAAAAAUGAUUUGAAGUUAGAAGAAGCAUUCACGAGUUACAGUAUUGCAUGGAAACUCUUAUUUCAGCUUCUUCAGUAAAGAUGACAAAUUGGCACUUAGCCAAAAUCCAAUUCAGACCUUCCACUAUUCAGAAGGAUUCUCUAGUUAUUGCACAGGAAACAAUAUAUGUACAUACUGGAAUACACCAGCACUAAGUUUGAAGCCACUUAGAAGAUGCAGUCUUGAGUUAUUGGCAUUGAAGGUUUAAAAUGCUUAAAUAAGGCAUUCAGAAAUUAUACAAAUCAGUGCAUCCAUUUUAAAUUUAUCAUUAUCAGGGUGACUUGAGUCACAGCCAUUAGUCAAAUAUCUAUUACUUACCACUAUC